CUCUUGAAGGCAUCACCGUCAGUGGGGGCAAGGCGGAACUCAAAAGUUUUGGCCAGUGCGUCGCGGGGACAGCAAUUGCAGUUACACCAGGCGACUGUCGGAAGUCAAUGGUAAAUAUGGAUGAGACGGUUGUAGCAGCGGGAUCUGAAGAGAUUGACUGGGGAGGAAGUGGAGCUGAAGAGGGGAGGAUUAAGAAGAUGGACCAAACCUUAUCAAAGAAUGUCCACACUGGUCUUCCUAAUCCACUCACACAUCCGGUGAAGUGUACUCUGAUAAAAGGAGACUAUCUCUACUUCCAUUAUGGCUGUGAUGGACAAGAUGACAGAGGCUGGGGAUGUGGCUAUCGCACCAUUGAGACAAUGACUUCCUGGCUUUGCCAGAACUGGUGUCCACCAAAGCACCAAAACAGACCCCCACCCAGCCUCCCAGAAAUUCAGCAGGCCUUGGUUGCCAUGGGGGACAAGCCUAGCUCCUUCUCAGGCUCCAGGGAUUGGGUAGGAACUUUUGAGGCCUCCCUGGUCCUGGACUACUUCUAUGAUGUUCCCUGUAAGUUGGUACAUAUUAGAGGUGGAGAGGCGGAACUGGAGCACGCUGCAGUGGAAGAGCUCCAUCAGCACUUUGAGAAACAUGGGUCUCCAGUCAUGAUGGGUGGGGACAGGGACAAUUCCUCUAAGGGGAUAUUAGGGGUGUGCACUGGGGACAAGGGCAGCUACCUGCUAGUUGCUGACCCUCACUACUAUGGAUGUCAACUGGAGAAGACAGAGCUGCAGAGGAGAGGGUGGGUGGCAUGGAAACGAGUAUCAUCUCUGGAUCAGACUUCAUUUUAUAACCUGUGUAUGCCUCAGACUGCCAGAAAAGGAAAGUAAAUUAAGUGGCAGACUUAUUUUUGCUUCAGACAAAUGAAUCUUAUGUGUCCUAUAGCAAACUGAGGGAUUUUCUCAUUGUCAGUGUCCUGUAUGGACAGACAGCCUUUGUUUUGCAUUGUCAGUAU